CUUCACGGUUGUACAUCAACACAGCUUCUCCAUCCUCUCACCUCAACCCCAUCCACAAUGUCUCAACCAACUCCCCAAAUGCCCAAAACCGUCCUCAUCACCGGCUGCAGCGCUGGCGGCAUCGGCGCCGCGCUGGUCGAAGCCUUCCACGAGCGCGGCCUGUACGUCUUCGCAACCGCGCGCACCGUCUCGAAGAUGUCGCAACUCGAGCACCUCCCGAACGUGACUCUCCUGCAGCUCGACGUCUCGUCGCAGUCUAGUAUCGACGCGGCCGUGGAAGCCGUCACUGCUAAAACAGGCGGCACGCUCGACUACCUGAUCAAUAACUCUGGCCAGUCGUGUAUCCAGCCUGCGUUGGAAACGACACUCGAGCGCGCAAGAGCCAUCCACGACGUCAACUUCUGGGGCACCGUCAGCGUCACGCAAGCUUUCUCCCCGCUCGUCAUCAAGGCGAAGGGCACUAUUGCGAAUAUCUGCUCCAUUGCCGCCGUGUUGCCUGUUGCUUGGGGUGCAUUCUACAACUCCUCAAAAGCCGCCGUGCUCUCAUACAGCGAAACGCUCCGUCUCGAGCUCGCCCCCCUCGACGUAAAAGUAAUCACCGUGAUGUCCGGCGUCGUCCGCACCAACAUCUUCUCGAAUCACCCCGAAGCCAACCUCGCUGAUACCUCGCCCUGGAAGCCCGCGGAGCAGGUGCUGAUCGAUACGGCGGCCGGGUCGAUGGUCGAUGGAGCGACGCCGCGGGGGGUGUUCGCGCGCCGGGUCGUCGAUGAUGUACUGGGUGAUAAGACGGGGUUGACGUGGGUGGGCAAGAUGUCGUCGGUCGCGUGGUGGAUGGCGGGGUUUGCGCCGAAGUGGUUGUUGGAUCGUAUCUUGGUGUCUUCCGGGGGACUGGAUCGUUUGCGCUGAGUUCCUUGUCUUGGGGUUCGUUGUGGGUUUGGGGAUAAUGAGAUAUGAUUCGGACAAUUCGAAAGAUCGGGAAUGGGAUAAGCAAUGCGCGUGACGUAUGUUUCUCUUGUAAAC